GAAAAAUUGAAAGAUACUCUGCUUAAAGUAUUAGAACUGAAGGAAGGUUCACAAUCCUCAGAUCUAAAUCCAAACAACUGAAUACACUGAUACAAACAUUUCACCACACAAUCACCUUCUUCAUCAAUUUUCCCCCUUCAACCUAAUUAAUCACCCUCUCAUAUUUUUUUGACUGUUCUGACUGAAGAACACAGACAUGUGAGUCAUUUUCAUUAUGUUCUUUUACUUCCUUCCCCAUGGUUGAAGCACAAACAUUUCCAUUUCAAGCAUAGCUAUAAAAUAAAACCCCUUCUUUCAGCAACCUGCAACCUUGUGAAAGUUGAAGUCUUCUUGCACUUAAUUUCUUAAAGUUAACGCCUUUCGGGUUCACUCACAGUCCUCGGAGAGAAAGAUAGAGAUCUGUUAAUUCUGAUCAUUUGGGGUGUCAAACAUUCACAUUCACAUCUGGGUCUGAAGUUGUGAAUUCUGCAACCUUCAUCUUGUGUCGCUAACAAAGUGUCCCUUUGAAUAAGAAUCUCAAGGGGUAUCCGAGGAUCUCCCAAAUUUGUUGAAUUUCUCUGGUUCUAUGUUGCAGAAGGUGUGCAAGAGAUACAGAAUCAUGGUGGGUGGAAAUGGUUUGUUUUACCCUGUUGUGGGGUUUGCAUCGAUCGUGUUAUUCAUAUACAUGUCUUUUGGGGACGUGAAGUUUGGCUUUGAGGAGGAAGUGGAAUUGGCUUUUGUGGAGAGAAAUGGAACUCAGUUUAUGGUGGAUGGGAAGGCUUUCUACAUUAACGGAUGGAACUCUUACUGGUUAAUGGUGCAAUCUGUAGAUGAGUAUUCCAGGCCAAGGGUGCGCGAAAUGCUGAAGGCUGGGGCCAAGAUGGGGCUUACUGUGUGUAGAACUUGGGCCUUCAAUGAUGGUGACUACAAUGCUCUUCAGAGUUCUCCUGGUGUGUUCAAUGAGCAAACUUUCAAGGCCUUGGACUAUGUUAUAGCAGAAGCAAGGAAACAUGGAAUUAGGCUGCUCCUUAGCUUAGUAAAUAACUUGCAUGCAUAUGGUGGGAAGACUCAAUAUGUUAAAUGGGCAUGGCAAGAAGGAGUAGGGCUAAGCUCAUCUAAUGAUUCCUUCUUCUUUGAUCCAUCAAUUCGUAGUUAUUUCAAGAAUUAUAUUAAGACAAUUCUGACAAGGAAGAAUACUAUAACUGGAAUUGAAUAUAGAAAUGACCCUGCCAUUUUUGGUUGGGAAUUGAUUAAUGAACCUCGGUGCAUGACUGAUCCUUCUGGUGACACUCUCCAAGAUUGGAUAGAGGAAAUGUCAGCNUUUGUCAAACUCAUCGACAAACGUCAUCUCUUGACGGUUGGACUCGAAGGUUUUUACGGUCCUAAUGAUCCGAAAAGAUUGACGGUGAACCCUGAGGACUGGGCAUCUCGACUUGGAUCUGAUUUUAUANGGAACUCCUUGAUCUCAAACAUUGAUUUCACCUCUGUUCAUAUCUAUCCUGAUCACUGGUUUCAUGAGCAGGUAUUUGAAGACUACAUGAAAUUUGUGUCAAAGUGGAUGCUUUCUCACAUUGAAGAUGGUGAUAAGGUACUGAACAAGCCGGUUGUGUUCUCUGAAUUUGGAUUGUCAGACAUAAAUUUUACAAUGUCGGAGAGAAAAACAAUGUACAAAACAAUUUUAGACAUAUCGUACAAAUCUGCNAAGAAAAACAGGUCUGGAGGUGGAUGUAUGGUUUGGCAAUUCUUGGUUGGAGGAAUGCAGGAGUUUAGUGAUGAUUUUGGAAUCAUUCCUUGGGAAAAGACAUCAAUUCCUUCACUGUUCAUUGAACAAUCAUGCAGAUUGGCGAAGGUGAAGGAGUGGCCGCAUAAGGACAAAAGUUUCAAACAAUUUUGUUAGAAAAAAGUGUGGAAAAUAAAAGCCCUUGAUUUAUGGGUUGUUUU